CUGAUAGAUUCAACUGCAGAGGCAAAAUCAACAGUGUACCACAUUUUAAUUUUCUUUGUUAAUUUUACGAUGACAUGUAAUGUUUGCUACGCUGACAUAAGUAUAGUUUCUUGAUUCAACUCUCUGGCACGUUCAGUUUUAGGUUACACUUGUCACUAAUAUAAGACUGUCUGACGUGACAUCCAAAUCCUCAGUUUUCAGAGUUGUCUCUUUCUUUGGCAAUUUUCCUGAAACUCGUUACAUGUCGAUGUGAGUAAGCCCUCUGUGAUUCGUAAUACAAUGGAAACGACUGGUGACAAAAAGAAUAGCAGCAGCCUUGACAAGAGUUGCGAUACGAAUGACUUCCAAGCCGAUGCAAAUUCAUCGUCAAAGGAGAAUUACGAAUUUGACGAUUUGCUCCGUCUGGUCGGCGGAUUCGGUCGUUAUCCGAUGCUGUUGUACGCCUUUAUGUGCUUGAUGACGGUACCUAUCGGCCUUCAACAACUAGUGCUUGUAUUUUAUGGCGCGUCUCCGCCUUUCCAGUGUGUCGCCUCGAGCACUACGAUGAACAGUUCUAAUUGCGAGAUCGACAAAUGUUGUGCCAAUUGCACCGAAUAUGAAUUCAAGGGUAAAUAUACAAGUGCCGUCUCUGAGGUUAGUUUGAGUUUAAAGAAGUUUAUAACAAUUACUACCCUUGAAAAUAUAGUCUUUUGGUGAGAUUGUAUGCUAAAGAAAUAUUUAUAACACCUUGUAACAGUAAAGGAAGCUAGAUUUUUACCCCGUGAUUUGAUAUUCCCUCAUAGACUCUAACUGGGUGUUAUCCAAUAUUUACCUAUAUAAUAUCGGUUUUAAUUAACAUACACACACACACACACGCCCUCUAUAACAGCAAUGUUUUGAAAAAGCCACUUUUGAUAAAAUAAUUGGUUAUAUUCAUUUCAUACGACUUUUGCCCACUAAACACCUUUUUUGGAGUACCGUUGUUAAGUGUUGAGUGUAUCUAGUAUUAACGUUUGCAAGUCUGAGUGCACGAAACAAUAAACGACGCAUAGAUGAUAUACAGACAGUCAGAAAUCCCAAGAAUAAUUAAGCGUUUGACCUCCAUGGUCUGCAAGGUCAAAUUUUAGGCAGUGGGGUAAGCCCGCUGGUCUUGUAGCUUGUCGUCCCAUAUUCAAGCCCUCCGCCCUGCUACUCUCUGGAUUUGUUCUCGAUUGCUCUGAAUUAAGAAUUCAACUCCUUGGCUUGUGCUUUUGUAUUUAACCAACUGGUCUUCCUCCUGGCUCCUGCCAGUUGGGGCUUUUAAACGCUAUGUUUAAGUUCAUUUACAAUGUUCAUGUACAAUUAUUGCUUAAUUUGCAAACGCAUUUAGACUUGUGGAAUUUCUCUGAAGAACUGUUAUUGUUAUUAUUCACUAAUUUCCCAUUCUAGCCGCACCUUUCCUCUGAAAUUAUAUUAAAGAAUUUGGAUUGUCGCCUUCAGACCGAUGGAUGUGUCAGGAGCCCAUAGGCUCCUGAUGUGUCUAUUCUGUUUGCUGAAUAAUGUCUUGAUAUCAUAUUGCAAGUCCGUCUUACUGAAAAUGAGACACGACAAAAGAAAGACUUGCUUUUGAAAAAAGAUCGCUUUUAUUUAUUUAUUUAUUUUUUGUUAUUUUUUUUUCCAGUGGGGGUUGAUUUGUGAUAAAAAUCAUCUCAAAGCGUUGACUCAAGCAGCAUACUUGGCAGGACUUCUCGUUGGCUCCUAUGCUUUUAGCAGCAUAUCUGAUCAUUUGGGACGAAGGGUCGCUGUUUUCCUCAGUAUCGCCAUCCUGGUAAGUGCAUCGCGCAAUGACUACGUGGUUACUCGUUUCACAAUCUAUCAUAAAAAAAGGAAAUAAUUUAUGCUUAUCCCAAUUUCAGGCCGUAUGUGGCACCGUCUCUGCAGUUGCAGACUGCCUCUCUCUUUUCGCCUUGUUCCGAGUCGGUGCGGGAGCCGCUGCCGCUGGUUGUCUACUCUCCCGCUUCGUUUACUGCAUGGAGCUGUCAGUUACGUCAAAUAGGACUGCUGCAGGGUUUGUCAGCAACAUCUUCAUGACUGUGGGUUACGCCAUUUUAGCUUUACUGGCCUACCUCAUGAGAGACUGGAGACAUCUGAUGCUAGCAGUGUCGGUACCAGGGGUCCUACUGCUCCUUUUCUGGUGGUAAGUCUCUUAUUCCUGAAAGUGAACAUAGGAAAUUAUAUCAAGUUGUAAACCUUAACUGUCAUUUUGUAAGCCAACUAAAACCGUAUCACUUUGUCUUAAUGCAAAAAAGGUGGAUUCCUGAAUCUCCGCGCUGGCUUGUCGCUCACAAUCGUCUGGAUGAGGCUCAUGGCCUGCUCAUGAAGUACGCUACCAAAAAUGGCGUCUCCGUUGACCCUAAACAGCUGAGGCACAUGAUCUCGGAAGUAAGGAAAGCUGAUGUCAGGAAAAAUGACACCCGAAAAUAUGGGACUUGUGAUUUGGUUAGGACACCAAAACUGAGAAAGAGAAUUAUCAUCUGCUGUUUCAAUUGGUGAGAAAAGACGAUAGAAAGAUAAUUUGUUUUGUCAAUUAUUUUAUGUGUGUUUCGGUUGUUUGGUGUGUUUAUACGCUUAGAUCAAUUCAUUUUGUGUUUUGUUUUGACGUUUAGGUUUGUUAACGCUCUGGUGUACUUUGGACUGAGUUUGAAUGUGAAGAAUCUCGCUGGAGACAUGUACCUGAACUUUUUCAUGUUGAUUAUCAUCGAGUUACCUAGUGCAUUGUUGGCCUGGUUUUGUCUUCAGAGGUAAGAACAUUUGAUAAAAGAAAAGGACUCUAGAGGUUGCAAAACAAAAUGUUUUGAAAAUAAUGAGGUGAAAUGAUGUCCUAGAACAAUAUAUUUUGGUUUUUCUUGCUGUUUUUAAGAAUAAUGUGUCAACUAAACCUAAAUACACUUCUCAGAUCCUUCUUUUGGACAAGGGUCAACAAACUGUUCAGGAAAGCUCUCCGAUCAGUAGUAAUGGGAAAAGACGAUCUGGAAACAAACUGACUCUAUCGUUAAUGUGUGCCUUAUCGACGUGUCCAAAAAAGAAACGUCCUUGAUGCGUUUAGAGAUGGUUCAGUUGUGUUAUAUAACUCAAUGUUUUGAUAGGUUUGGUCGCCGCAUUCCGUAUUGUGCCUUCAUGCUAAUUGGCGGAGUUGCCGGCAUGCUGGUGUUAGCUGUUCCAAGCAAAGCUGGUAAGAAGGGUGAAUGAUAGGUUGUUGAAUUUCCUGCAGACGAGGAUAUUGAUCUAAAAACCACUAAUUAAAUCUUUUUCACUUCGCUGCCCGCAGUGUCAGUAUGACAGUUUCCUUACCAAAAAACUAGUUGAAUCAGUCAGCCAGUCAGACAGUCAUUCUCGUUUAUUAGUCUAUCCAUCUGUUCAAACUUCUGCCCGUCCAUCCAUCUUUCCGUUCGUUCGUUCCAUCGUUCGUUCGUCAAUCGGUCCGUCAGUCAAUUAGACAGACAGGCUGUCAGUCGGGCGGGAAAAGGCAGUCAGGCAGACACUUAAUCGUUCAGUCAAUGAGUCAGACACUCAGUCAGUCAGUUAGACAGUCAGUCAGUCAGCCACACAGUCCGUCACAUAGUCAGUCAGACACUCAUUCAGUCAGUCAAUCAGUUAAUCAUUCAGUCAGUCAGACUGUAAGACAGUCAGUCAGGCAAUCAGUCGGUCAGUCACCCAGACAGUCAGUCAGUUGUCAGUCGGUCAGUUGCAGUCCGUCAGACAGUUAGUCAGUAAGGCAGUAAGUCAGUCAGUCAGUCAGUCAGUCAUUCAGACAAUAAGUCAGUCAGUGAGAAAGUCAGACAGUCAUGACACUCAUUCAGCUAGUCAGACAGUCAGUCAGUCGGUCAGCCACAGUCUGUCACAUAGUCAGUCAGACACUCAUUCAGUCAGUUAAUCAGUUAAUCAUUCAGUCAGUGAAUCAGUUAGUCAUUCAGUCAGUCAGACUCCAAGACAAUCAGUCAGACUCCAAGACAGUCAGUCAGACUGUAAGACAGUCAGUCAGUCAGGCAAUCAGUCGGUCAGUCAGCCAGACAGUCAGUCAGUUGGUCAGUCUGUCAGUUGCAGUCAGUCAGACAGUCAGUCAGUAAGGCAGUAAAUCAGUCAGUCAGUCAUUCAGACAAUAAGUCAGUCAGUGAGAAAGUCAGACAGUCAUGACACUCAUUCAGCCAGUCAGACAGUCAGUCGGUCAAUCAGCCACACAGUCGGUCAGACAGUCAGUCAGUCUGUCAGUCACUCAGACAAUUAUUUAAUCAAUCAGAAAGUCAGACAGUCAGUCAGUCAGAUAAUCGUUCUGUCAGUCAGUUGGUCAGUCAGUCAGUCAGUCAACACUCGUUCAAUUAGUCAGUCAGUCAGUCAGUCAGUACGUCAGUCAGACAGUCAGUCGGUCCGUCAGUCAGACAGUCAGUUAAUCAUUCAGACAAUCAGUCUGCCAGACAGUCAGUCAGUUAAUCAUUCGGACAAUCAGUCAGUCAGUCAAACAGCUAGUCAGUCAGACAGUUUAUGACUAUCAGAACUUAACUCCUAGUCGUUAUUCUCAGAAUAUCAAGCAGUGAUCACAACUCUGGCCAUGAUCGGCAAGUUCUGUAUCUUAUCCACUUUUCUGACCAUCUAUGUUUUCACUGCCGAGCUUUUCCCGACAGUUAUCAGGUACGUGACAAGUGAAUACAACGCCUACCCUUUUCGUGCGAUAAAUGAAAUCUAAUUGCAACAAAUGAAAUAAGCUAUUUGUGAAAACUGAAAUUUCGUCCCCGCAAGUGUUUUUCUUUGCGAUCCGCAUUUGCACCAAGUGAUUAUUCUUUCAGUUUUCUAUUUGUUAAAAUAUAAAAUAUAAAUAUAUGUUUAGGAACACAGCUGUGGGCGUUUCCUCCAUGAUGGCCCGUAUUGGAGCAAUAUUGGCACCUUACAUAGUUCUACUGGUAAGAUAUCUGUCAUCCGUAACCUUUUAACAACAAGGAUAGCAAUCCCAAAGUUUCGGGGUUUUAAUUGCUAAAAUUAUAUCACCUCUUCCUCUAGGCGGACCUUCCCAAUCUUAAUAAAAAGCUUCCGCUGGUCAUCUUCGGAAUACUUGGAGUAACCGCUGGCAUAGUGGGUCUAUGGCUGCCUGAGACGCUUUUCAGUCCCAUGCCCCAAACCGUGGAACAGGCGGAGGCCUGGCCUGAGGACUACAAGAUUUAUUGCUGCAAGCAGCCUGGGCCCAAGAAAUCAAACGCAGGGUCGAAAAAAGUCAACACUGGAGAAGAGGAAGGACAGAAACUCUGCGAUGUUGAAAGUCAGGUGUAGUGCAAAGGCACAGAACGUAGUUUGCUUAUAAA